CCAUGGAAGGAAUACUCCCAGAACAACGCAGACCGCCUGGAAGAUGAGCUGCGAGGCGACGGAUUCACGAUCUGGGGAUUUGUCAUCUACCGGUGUACUUAUGGAAGCGAUGCCGGCUGGGAAAGGUUUAUGAGUCGGUUACUGUUUCAUAUCCCGGAGAAGCUGAAGCCCUUUGGUGGUCUUGAUCUUCUGGACACAUUUCGGCCCACAGUUCUACAAGACCCGUCCUUUGACGGCGCGAGCCCGGCAUACCUCCGAGAGCAUUUCGAAAAGUGGGCGGCAGCAGCAGCCCGCGAGGAGCAUGGGAUGACACUCGAGAAUGCGCGUAUACGAACAACAUCCCGAUAUCGCUUUUUCAUCCAAGUGCACCAAGAGGCCUUGGAGUCCGUCCUGAGCGCGCCGGACCCGACAGAUCCGGAGAGCUCCCUGAACAAGACUGGGUUUGUGCGCCUGGUUAACAGCGAGUGGGACCCAGAGGAGCAGAAUUCAGCGGACGACACCGACUACCCACCGAUGGAAGGGUGCACUUUGCCUAACGUCGGAUGGAUGAAUCUACUAUACGACGAUGCGGAACUGAACGCCUUCUAUGAGCUGAAUAACUUCCACUGGGAUGAUUAUUACAAGCAUCCCCCGGCAAUCAUUGACCUUGCAUCUUUCGGGCGAGUGUGUGGGAAGACGAGGGAUGGGGAGGGGGAGACGAGAGGUUGA